AUGGAACCAUUUGUCCAAGUAUUCUUCGCUAUCGAUAAAGAUGGAACCGAAGUAAUCUCAGUUGAUGAACUGAAAGCAUAUGUUGCCAAGAACAAUCUUGAUACUCAAAUGAUUUCGAAAUGGCAACAGUUAUUUGAUCCCGAUAAAACUGGAAAGAUAACGUUUCCUAAAUUUUGUGAAGUAUUGGGUUUGAGUCCUGCACAAGCAGUUGCCAUGAAAACACAACAACAAUCAGCUAGUCUUAAACUUCAUCCUGAUAUCAUUGUCAUCUAUGAACAACUUCCAUUACAGAAGCAAGUUGAAAUUAGUAAUAAGACACUUGAACUACUCCAUUCAUCACCAAAGAAACUUGAUGAAAAAGAACAAGCCAUCCAAUUGAAGGAAUGGUUAGAUAAGGUAUAUGGGAAAGCAUGGCAUGUAGUCAUAGUCAAAGGUUCAUUUUGGAGUAGUUAUUCGCAUAGUGCAAAUAAGUGUUUCAUGUAUCGUACUGGUGAAUAUUCCUAUCUUGUUUGGAGAACACCAGAUGAAGAAAUUACCGCUGAUAAAUGA